AGAAAAAGAAAAACAAAGACCUACGAAUACAUACAGCCUCUGCUUCCUAUAUAAUUUUCCGAUUAUGAGGCUUAGGAAUGUACAAGGACUAAAGAUGGAGAUGCAGGAUGAGGAUGCACUUGGCCAGGCUGAGUUCUGGCAGAUCACCUUAGCUUUCGUCGACAGUCUCACAUUCAAGUGUGCAGUCGAGCUCGGCAUACCCCAGAUAAUCCAUGCCAAAGGUCAACCCCUCACCCUCUUAGAGAUCAUCACCUCACUGCAAGCUCCCUCCCCCGACUCAAGUUGUCUCUCACGAGUCAUGCGCUUCUUGGUGAAGAAGCAGGUGUUUAGCGAAGAGGUGAAGGAGGGUGAGGCCUACUACAGGCUCACUCGUGCCUCCAAAUGGCUGGUGAGGCUGGGGGCAUCGGGCCUUGCUCCCAUGCUCACCAUGCUGAACCACCCUAUUUUCCUUGCACCAUGGCACCGCUUUAGCCGUUGUGUGGUGGAAGGGGGUGAUGCCUUUGAAAUUGCUCAUGGUAGCAAGUUAUGGAAGUAUACAGCAAAUAAUCCUGGUGCCAAUGACAUAUUCAACGAGGCCAUGGCUAGCGACACUGUGGGACCGUGGUGAGUGCGAUUGUGAAGGCGGACCCGCAUAUCUCAGGGAUCAAUUUCGACCUCCCGCAAGUUGUGUCGAGUGCACCAGAGCAUCCGGGUGUUGUUCAUGUCAGCGGUGACAUGUUCAUCUCUAUCCCUCAUGCCGAUGCAGUUUUCAUGAAGUGGAUUUUGCACGAUUGGGACGAAGACAAUUGUGUGAAAUCUUGAAGCAGUGCAAGAAAGCAAUCCCAAAGAAAAGUGGGAAGUUGAUCAUCGUCGACGUGGUCUUGCGUCCUGAGGAUGAUACAAGUGCUUUUUCAGACUCAAGGUUGGCAUAUGACCUCGAGAUAAUUGCAUUUCUAUUAGGAGGCAAACAAAGGACUGAAAAAGAAUGGAGGGCUCUAUUGUGCCAAGGGGGUUUCAGCAAAUGCAAUAUCAUAUCUCUUCCAACACUUCAGUCCAUUAUUGAAGCUUUUCUGAUGACUAGUACUCUCUGUGUUACUCUGUAACCUUCAUGUAACCAUGAUUCUGAUUCUGGUUCUGGCUUGUCUCUUCUUUUGUUAAACUACUAUAGAAACAAAAGUUUGUUAUGUAAAAUAAUUUCACCACUUGCUUGAUUUGGGAAACAGUCACCAACUUUGUUUUGGUGAUGCGAAAUUCCUAACUUUGUUUGGUGAUGUAAAAUUCCAUCUAGGA